AUGGCGACGGCCGUUGAGUUGGCGAUCGAAAAGAUCGAUGAAUACAAGUCUAAAAUAGGGCGGUUAGUCAUCAACUUUCUAUUCAUUUUCACUUUGCGCUGCUUUGCACCUCAAGAAGUUUUUUACAGAACUCUUGGGACUCCGAUGAGACUGCGUGAUUUGAUUCGGCAAGUUCGUGCCGCCAGAACGAUGGCGGAGGAAAGAGCAGUGGUCGAUCGCGAAAGCGCUAAUAUUCGGCAAGAAGCACCAACCAGUUUCAGAAUUCGAACAAAAAAGUUUAUAGUGAAAGCUUCCGUGACGACGAUUCGCCUUGGAAAUGCCGCAACAUCGCGAAGCUCCUUUACAUCCACAUGCUAGGUUAUCAAGCCCAUUUUGGACAGGUUAUUUGUUUUCUCAAAAUUUUCGCUUUUUAAGCUGAACUUUCAGAUGGAAUGCAUGAAGUUGGUGGCUCAGCCACGCUUCACGGAUAAAAGAAUCGGUUAUCUGGGAGCCAUGCUGCUAUUGGAUGAACGUGCCGAAGUUCAUCUCUUGGUGACGAAUUCUUUGAAAAAGUAGAUCUUAUCUCUUUAUUUUCUGAUUUUCAAUGGAAUUGCGAAUUAAGUCGCUUUCUUGUAGCGACCUGGCGUGUUCGACACAGUUUGUGAGUGGAUUGGCCCUUUGUACGUUGGGAUCCAUCUGCUCAGCAGAAAUGUGUAGAGACUUGGCCAACGAAGUUGAGAAAAUCAUCAAGCAGAACAACGCCUACUUGAAAAAGAAGGUAAUUUUGAACUUUUAUUUUCAAGAUAGUUUCGUUAAAGUUUCAGAAUUAGAUAAUGUAUAUUGAGAUUUUUUUUUUUCAAUUUUUUUUUUCUGCUUCUUCGUAUUCCAUGAUGUCCUUUUCAUCCUUCAUUGUUUCGAUUUAGGCGGCCCUUUGCGCUUUUCGGAUCGUUCGGAAGGUGCCUGAACUGAUGGAGGUGUUCAUCUCCUGCACUCGGUCGCUCCUUGGGGAGAAGAACCACGGCGUUCUCAUGGGGGCCACGACUCUGGUCACGGAGAUGUGCGAAAGGAGUCCCGACGUCCUUAAUCAUUUCAAAAAGGUUCCUAUCUGGUUUCUAUGAUCAACUCUUGGAUUCAAGCUUGUUCCUAAUUUGGUUCGCAUCUUGAAAAACCUGCUCAUGAGCGGCUACUCACCAGAACAUGACGUGACGGGAAUCAGCGACCCAUUUUUGCAGGUUUUCAUUAUUUCGUUUGAUUAUUUAUAAGUUGAAUUCAUUUAGUUUCAUUUAUUCCGUCUUACCAAAAAAAUAACUAUGUAAUCGCAUUUUUCUCCUCAUGGAAUUUUUUUCUUUUUUUAAUAUCACAGUUUAAAUUUUUCGUGGGAAUAAAAAAAUGCUUUUUCUUGCUAAUUUUUUUGGAAUUAGAGAAAUCUCAAAUAAAAUUUACUUUCUGUAAGCCGGUUCAUGUUUUCCAGCAAAGCUCAAUUAAAUUUCAAAAGUUUCUUUUUUUCAAAAAUACCGUAUUCUUGAGGUGAAAAUCUUGCGUUUGCUGCGAGUUCUGGGAAAAGACGACGUCAGGGCGACGGAGGAAAUGAAUGACAUUUUGGCCCAAGUGGCCACCAACACGGAAACCGUCAAAAACGUCGGAAACGCGAUCCUCUACGAGACCGUUCUCACAAUCAUGGAAAUUAAGAGUGAAAGGUCCGAAAUUUCUCUUUUCUUCGGUUGUCAGCUCAAGUAUCUCAUUUUUUAGUCGGGAAAAAAAUUUCCGUAGAUUUUUUCUGUUUUCAAAAACACUUUUCUUCAGUUUGGAAUUAUUUUUUGGUUCAGAAUCAAAAAAAAAUGUUUCAGUGGACUCCGUGUUUUGGCUGUGAACAUUUUGGGCCGUUUCUUGCUGAAUCCAGACAAAAAUAUCCGAUACGUCGCGUUAAACACCCUUCUCAAGACGGUUUCUGUUGAUUAUCAAGUGGGUUGCCGGGGACUUCUUGAGGAUUUUCAGUUUUCCUUGUUCCAGGCUGUUCAACGACAUCGGACUGUUGUUGUGGAGUGUCUGAAGGAUCCCGAUAUCUCCAUCAGAAAGUUGGUUCAUGAAGUUCUAUUUUUCCUGAAAGAGAAGAUUUAGACGUGCUAUGGAGCUCUGUUUUGCGUUGAUCAAUAAAACCAACAUUACAAAUAUGACCAAGGAGAUUUUGAUAUUCCUGGAAACCGCAGACGCCGAAUUCAAGGUAUCCUUUUCUCAAUAAAUUCUUGAAGAAUGAACUUUUUGAGGCGGAAUGCGCGUCGAAGAUGUACGUGGCGACGGAAAGGUACUCGCCGAACCACGAGUGGCAUCUCGACACUAUGGUCACCGUCCUCAGGCUGGUGAGCUCCAACUUCAGCUCCCAGUAACCAGUGUUCCUAAACAGAUGGGGUCAUUGGGCGUGGCUAAAUGCCACGGGGGCGCGGCUUGUUGCAAUAGGGGCGCGAUAGUGAGAGCCGAUUUUUGUGCAUUUACUGCUUGGAAAUAUAGUGUUAGAUAAUGUUUUUAAGGCGUUUUUGAACUAUUAGAACAAAUUGGAUGUAUUUCAACAUACAAGGAACCUAUUGAAAACGAACAAAAUCGCUUUUGCAAAUCGAUUUAACACACGAAAUGUCCUUUUUCAGGAAAUUUUUGUCGAAUCGUGUCCCAAAAAAAACUUUUUUUAAAGAAAGAAAAAAACUUUAUGAAUAUUUAGAAACGAAUCAAGUGGUUUCGGCGCGAAAAUCUAUAACUCAAAAAAAGUCGUAUUAAAUAAAACAAGUUUGACAGAAUUUCGAAAAAAAUUUGAAGAAAAAAAUUUUUUUAAUUCAAAAUGUCAUUUUUUUGUCGAAUUUUUGUGACCAUUUCGAUCAAAAAAAUUAAUUCAAGUACCUCUUAAACGCAUCAAGUACGAUUAUAUUACACAACAGAAAGUAGAUUUUUAUCUUGCUUUUCAUACUGGCCAUUUUGUUUCAGGCGGGCAAGUUCGUGCCGGACGAAGUGGUCUCGUGCAUGAUCCAGCUGAUCAGCUCCCACUCUCAGAUCCAAAGCUACGCUGUAUCGCAAUUGUUCCGCGCGGCCCAACGCGAUGCCGUCAAUGCGCAGCCCUUGUUGCAGGUCGCCUUCUGGACUAUCGGCGAGUUCGGAGAUCUUCUUCUCCAGCCGACCGACGCCGACAGCACCGCCGUUCGUUUUCAGAAUUUUUUCGUAUCGCGAAAUUGAAAGCUUUCACAUAGGAAAAACGAAAAAAAAAAACAUUGCAGAAGUUUUACCCAUUCGUUCUCUCAAUUUUUACCUCAUUGGGUUUAAAGUUUCAUCGUUAUCUUGUUUUUAUUGUUAGAAAUUUUCCCUUUUUUUUUUCGGAAAGCGUUUGGACUUUCUUAAAAAAUUUUCUCGAGCCCACCAUUUUACAGGUCGAUGAAAGUGAUGUGUUGGAGCUUUUCGAAUCAGUUUUGCCGUCGACUCUGACUUCUCUGGCCACCAAAUGUUACGCUGUCACAGCCCUUGCCAAGCUUGCCACGAGGUCCUUCAUUAACUGAUUCAAAUGCCAUAAUAUAUAGAUAAAUGAGAAAGUUAGAUUACUGGAUAACCAACGUACCAUGGUUUGAAAGGUAAAACACAAAAGGGAGAUUAAAAUGAGCUAACAGGCAACACAUAAAAGAAAUGUAGCUCUGACAUUUUUUCGAAAACUUUUUCAACUCUUCAACGGCCUAUCUGAAUACACCUGUAAAUAAAAAAAAAGUUCAUUAUGACGAUUUACUCAGCUAAUUUUUUUCCAGAUUUUCAAGUUCCGUCGACCGAAUCGAUGCCCUCGUCCGGGUCAACCAAGCUCACAUUCACUUGGAGCUGCAGCAGCGAUCUGUCGAGUUUUCCAAUGUUCUGAAGUUUGGUGAACUCAAGUGAGAACAGCCUCCUUCUAUCCUCAAAAAACGAGACUUUCUCAGAUUCGGUCUGUUGGAACGGAUGCCAGUCAUCACCCACAAUUCUCUGAACGCCGCCGCGGCCUCCAUCGGCGGAGAAGAAAACGUUGCUCCGCUCAUCGAAGGUUUUUUGCCAGUUGAAUCGACGGACUCAGAAUUUUUCAUAAAACGAUCAUUGAUUCCAGCAUUGCUUCUUGUCCUGGCAAUUCGUUAGAAAGUUAGAAUCACGCCAUAAUUUUUUCAACAAUGAAAAGCCACGUAUAAUCAGAUAACCUUUCUUCGAUUUUUCUCCUAUGAUACGAAACUAUUCUGUGUCUUUGAAUUAGUUAGUAAAAGGUUGUGUGGAAAAAUAGUUUCCCUAAAAAAAAAUUGAAACAUACAUUUUUACAAGAAAUUUACCACAAGGAAUGAUCCCAAUCGAAAAAACUAACCAGGGAACGUUUUCUACCCUCCGGUUGAACUUUUGCUGAAACUUUGCUGAAGUGUACUUCAGGACCCCCUGAUUGCAGAUCGAGAAAAAAAAAUUCUCGCAAUAGAUCUUGUUUCCGAGUUAUGGAGCUUCAAAGUGUGCAAAAUACGCAAAUUAGGCCAAAAAAGCGCUAUUUCGGGCUUUUGAAGUGUCCUAACUCGAAAACGAAAUCUAUUGCGAGAAAUUUUCUAAAAAACAAAAAAAAAAACUUUCUCUAGUAAAGUAAAAACGAAAAAAUUUGAGAAACGAGUUCGAAUGUGGCUGUGGAGACGUCGCCAGAAUCGAACGUCGACCUGCUCGCCGACCUCGGCGGCUCAUUCGUUCGUCUCCUUUCUCUCGGCAUUUCUGAACUUAUUUAAGGGUGGCACCGGCGUUGGCGACAUUUUGGGAACGACUCUCCCGAAAACUUCCAACAACGACAUACUCGACAUUCUCGGAGGACUUUCGGGUUUUUUUUCAUUUCAAUCCAUUUAUCAGGGCAACUUGUUCCGUUAAUCAGCUGUAAUUCUUUGAGACACGAUUUUUUGUUUCCUGAAAAAUGUAACCGAUCUAGUUCUUCUAUAACAAUUUCUCGAAGUUCAAGGAGGACCGAGUAUUGUUUCUUCGGCACCUCAGCCAUCCGUUGGAUUGGAUGAUCCAUUCGACUUUUUUGGCGGAUCCGCUAACACAGCUCCCGCCGCGCCCAAACCGUGAGCUUUCUAAUUUAUCUCCAUAAAAUAUUGAUGCUUUUUAAUGAAUACACAUACUUUUUUGCAGAGAUUACCACUAAUUUUAUAAGUUUUUUUUUAUAAUUUGCGCUCAAUGAUUUUUAACAUGUUUUUUUGAAACUCUUUGAAUGGAAAUUUCAGAGCCCAGAAUCGACCUGUGAUCGCUGUGAACAGCAAAGGGCUCGAAGUGCAGAUCGAAGUCGUCGAAGGCUGGCAGAACGAAAAAGCCGUUCUGAAGAUGACGGCGUUCAACUACACGCCUCAGCCCAUCACCAACUUCAAUUUCCAAGCCGCCGUUACCAAGGUCUUUCUCUAUGAUUUCUUCUCCUUUCUGCAUGACAACUAUUGUAUUUUGAAGAACUUCGACUCGAGUUUUUGGUAAUUGAAGAGGAUAGAUUGCACAAACAAGUAAUUCUCAUUUUUCUACAUUAACCUGGGCUUUUUGGACGCCUUUUUAUUUAAAUUAUCGAAACAGUCAGGCGCCUAUCGGGAAUCAAGAGACUUGAACAUAAAUUUUAACAUAACUAACUUUCAUAACUUCCACAAAUUGUUUGACUCGAUCGCAUCGAAAUUUCUGAAAGGAGAGCCUUCAGGCGUUCGAGAUCCAACUGCAGUCGGCCUCUUCUGCCCAAAUGGCUCCCGAAGGCUCCAUCACACAGCUCAUGACGAUUGUCCGGCGUGUGCCCAACUCGACGGUUCGUUUGUCAGGAGAGCAAACCAAAAACUUUCACAAGAACAUUUGGAUCACCUCGUCCAGUGUAGCUCAUAUAUAUUUCCCAUCACUAUUUCGUCAUUCUCGUUUUUCUUCUUUUCCAUCAACUUCAACGGGAAAACAUAUUAAUUAUUUCAUCCGUUCGGAGUUCACAAAAGCCCGCAUUUGAGAACAACAAGAGUUUCAACUUUUGAAAAAGGUCCGCCGAAGAAAUUUUAGCUUUCUCUCCUUUGAAAUAGAGCGAAAAGGGUUUGAAGUUAACUUGAUUUCACUCGAAACUCCAAAAUAUAAUGAAAGUCUUCGAAACACCACUUUUUAUACUGGAGGAAGAUCUUGAAAAAUCACGAAUUUCCAGGUUUCUAGAACGUCAUCUUAAGAUUUUUUUUUUGCUAAACGGUCAGGCAAGGGACUUUCGAGGCUUCCUCUGUUAGAAAACAAAGAUCUAUAAGCAGCGGUUUUCUCUCAUCUAGUGCAUCAAAAAAAAAGUUGGAGCCUUGCUUGUGGGAUUAUAUCGAUUGCUUUAUUUUCCCUAUUGAGUUAUAGUCAUGAUGAACGAUUUUUCUCAUUUCAGUUUGUGGUUUUUCAGGCUCGCAUGAGAACAAGAGUUGUGUACGCAGUGAACGGCAACGAGCAGACUGCAGCCGGCGAAGUCAACGAAUUCCCCGGCCUCAACUGA